GGGGAGGGGUGAACCGAUGUCUUUCUUUCAAUUACUUCUAUGGUUUUCUGUAGUUACGGCUAACUGGCGAAGACAAACCUCAGAGUUGGAUCCUGCAUACAGACUUUGAUAAUAAAAUGAAUCUUUGGACAAUCGGCACACCCAAAGGUGUCUUAAAUCCAGUUCACAAGUCGCCACACAUUCAGGUGCCAACAUAGCGUGCCCAGAAUGCUCGGCAGAACACAGAACUCAAGAAAACAGAACGAAAGCAACGCAUCGUUUAAAAAAAAUAGAAGGCAGAUAUCAAACAUCCAAAUUGUGAAUGUGUUUCACAACACAGUAUAUAAAGAGUUUUUACUGAUGUUGACCAGAAAGAAAUGAAGUGAACACUGGAAACACGAAAUACAUAAACAGUCGUAUUUUGGCUUUUGUCAAUGGCGUUCAUAUAUACAAGUUUUCAAUAAUACAGUGGAAACCUGUUGUAUUUGCUAUAUGUCCGUAGCUAUCUAUGUAAGCAGAAUGUCCAAAAACAAAAACAUAAUUGAAAGUACUGGCAUUUGAAAAUGAGACAGAAGUAGUCAGAGGAAACACUUAAUAAGCCUGGUAGAACUUAUGGAGAGACAAAGACUUAACAUUUCGGGUCCAGGUCUUUUAUAAUCUGAAGAAGUUGGAGAUCGAAUCAAAAGAGCCAAUUCUAUUUCUACAGGUGCAACCUGACCUGUUUACGGACUUUUAAUUUCGCUUUUUCAGCUUCUGCAUUUUCUUGCCUCUUAAAACAAAUUUAAUCACGUACAGAGACGAGAAGAAAAACCUCAACCGCUUAAGUUACUUCCAAUGCCAAGGUCAGAAGACGACCGACCGCUCCACGUGCGUAAUCGAAACAUGAUGUGGUCUUCCUAGAACUUGAAUCAUGCUUCAUGGAUUUUUUUUUCAGAGAAUUCUCGUCCGAGUAAUAUUCAGACGAUCUAUUUAGAAAUUACGUCCAUCUCCGCUUUCCUCUAGGGGUCAUAGUGUUCGCAACCGUUAGCAAUGACUGCCGCAACUUAACCUGCUCCACGGACACGGCGGCCUCCCCGGUCAGGUUACAAUUAACAUUAAUGUCGAGGUUGUAGCGUCCGAUCGGGGUUGAAUGAGCGGCUGGUGUGCGAGAGAAAGGACACAAAGCCCGUCCGGUGCAGGCUGGAGUGAGUGAGGGAGCGCGCGCGCGCUCUCGCCUGUCAAUCUCCGUGCGGGCGGGCGGCCGAGGGGCUUUGUCCCCAGAAGUAGGGAGCAGCAAUAGCUGCCAGCGGGGCACCGCGCACCAAAGUUCCCCUCGGAAGCACAUUAAAGGGACACGGGAGAUUUAUUUUCUUAAAGCAAGCAAACAUUUCUCUUCUGACUCCUGCCCGGGCAAUAAGGAGUUUUGCCUCAGCUUGGCGUGCCCUUUCCAGAUACUCUGGAUCGUGCAUCUGAAGGGCAGGAUGCAGCCACUGGAGUGAGCCGAUUGUAUCUUCCGAGGAGUCGGACUGGGUUAGAGUCCCCGGGGAGCCGCUUGAGUGCGGGGCUUCAUCUGGCGUUUGGGUCAUCUGGAGACCUGGCCGGGACCAGCAGUCGCCGCGGGGUUAGAAAUUCCCCAGGCAUGGAAAUUUAAAUUUAGACAUUUACAUUCAAAUUAAUCGAUCUCGCCAUUUGGACCCCCGCAGGCUUUUAGUGAUCUGCUUAAGGGAGCUUGUUCUCUGACUACGAAAGGAACAGUUUGUUUGUCACAACUUUGGAUGUCUGUGAAGAGCUUACAUGAGGUAACAGCAGGUUAAAGCAACCAUCUCAGUGGUUUUUGAGUCAAGAAAUGGGCCAAAAAAUCUCAGGGAAUAUAAAGUCUGUGGAUGUGAGGGAACCAGCCUACAGACCUGUUAAGCGAGAAUUACGAGGUCCUGACUUUUGCAAACCAACUCGGCUUGAUAUGCUACUGGACAUGCCGUCAGCUUCUCGAGAAGUUCAGCUCAAGCAUGCCUGGAAUAAUGAAGACCGUUCUCUGAAUAUUUUUGUAAAAGAAGAUGACAAGGUUACCUUUCACAGACAUCCAGUUGCCCAAAGCACAGACUGUAUUCGUGGUAAAGUUGGGUAUACUCGAGGCCUUCACGUCUGGCAGAUUCACUGGCCUACUAGACAACGAGGAACACAUGCAGUUGUUGGAGUGGCGACUUCAGAAGCUCCAUUGCAUUCUGUGGGAUACACCUCCUUAGUUGGCAGUAAUAAUGAAUCAUGGGGCUGGGACCUGGGUCGCAACAAACUGUAUCACAACAGUAAAAAUCAACCAGCAUCAACUUACCCGGUGUUUCUGGAGCCUGAUGAAUCUUUUGUUCUGCCAGAUAGUUUCUUGGUGGUUUUGGACAUGGAUGAAGGAACAUUGAGUUUCAUAGUGGAUGGACAGUAUCUAGGUGUGGCCUUCAGAGGACUAAAAGGGAAAAAACUGUACCCAAUAGUCAGUGCAGUCUGGGGGCACUGCGAGAUAACAAUGAGGUACAUCAAUGGACUAGACCCGGAGCCGUUGCCUUUAAUGGACUUAUGCCGAAGAUCCAUUCGCCUUUCUCUCGGCAGAGAGCGACUGCAUGAAAUAGAAACUCUACCAAUGCCGAUUUCCCUGAAGAAUUAUUUACAAUACCAAUGAUGAAAAAAACUGGUACUACAUUUAAAAAUCAAUGCAAAGAGAUGGAAAACUAGAGUUUACAUCCUAUUUUAAUCUGUGGAGGACACCGUAGUUGUUUGAAAUAGUGACUUCCAUAUAGACUAUGUUUAGCAGAAACAGAAUUAGGAGAUUCCAUCUUCUGAAGUAAGAGAAUUAUUUCAAACAGUGUUUAAAGAAUUUCUUAUUUUAACAGUAAAACAGUACCUCAUGAUAUUCUCUUCAUCCAAGAAGCCUUUAUAUGCAUAUGUAAUUUAGCUAGUCCCUUUAAACUACAUUGUCCACAUGCAUUCUGUGAUAUUAACCAGGUAGUCAAUUGAGGAUAUCUCCUUGCAAUUGUUCAUCCCCCUCCCAUUUAAAAUUGAACACGCAAGUUAAAGAGAUUCUUGAUUUUGAUAAUCAGUUGAUGCACACCAUCAAGGGGGCUAUUAAAAUAGCUAAGUGCAAAGAUAUUGGCAUGAAUAUAUUUACUAUGCUAUUAAUUUCAGCAUGACUGAUUGAGAUCUGGCUGUUCAGGUACAGUGAAAAUGUAUGCCUCUGAACCUGUAUGCAAGAGCUUCUGGUGGCAAAUUUCCUCGGGAAGCUUUGAAUGAAUUUUAAAACACCACUGGAAGAUCACACAAAAUUCAAUCUUACAAAGCUGAAGUCACUUUUUUAAAUGAACAAAGUUUUACAAAAGCCUUUACUUCAUUCAGGCUUAUAAACUUUGUUUACUGCAAUGUACUGUUGUGUGUGGAAUAGUUUGUCUGUGCAGAAGGUGUGAGACUGCUCCAUACCAGUCCUUACACAGAUGGAGUUAAGUCAUUUCAUUGCUGCUCAGACCAGAACUUUUUAAGAUGCUGCUGCUUAAUUUUCUUGGAUCUGUUUUAAUAGUAUCUGCCUGAUCAAUUUAUUUAGUUUUUAAACUGGAACUUGUUGCAGUUGUAGGAUGUCGAAUGUAAGGAUGGUGUUGCCUUCAGAGUUUUAAAUGUGAAUUCACUGAAUGACAAAGUUUCUAAUAAAGUUUACUGUCACAAUGAAAUUGUUUCAAUACGUGCUU